GUGCUUAGCCAUUUGACAGCUGAACUGUCAAAUGGGUUAUUCUUGAAAUGAAUUGUGCAAUUGGUUCAAUCAGUUUUAGGUUAACGUUGAAAAAUUGAAACAUUGUUUUAGUUUAGUUUUCGUACCUGAUUUUUCCUCAAACCUCCGUUUUCCAACAGUAAAUUUUGUUUGAAAAAAAAUGAUACGGUUUUUAAGUAGAUUGUCUCAUUUAAACACCCUGCGACAUGCACAGUAUUCGGCGGUGCGACUAUGUUCCAGCAAAUCGGAUGAUUCGUCCAUACCGGUGCUUGAGCCAAUCGAAGACGAGCCUGAAGAUUCAUCUGAACCGGCAACAUUUAUCCCCGAAAAGAGUGUUGAUUCCAAAUACUCCCGCUCCGACAAAAAUGCAUCUUUAGUUGAAUUAUUCAAUUCGUUGCCAUCAGAUCCAAAGAAUGUCAGUCUUCAAGCGUUGGUUGAAUUUUACGAUAGAAUCAAAGGGAACUACUUAAUCACGAAUGAUAUGAAAAAACAUCCGAAGUUUGCGGUUUUUCGUGAGGCCACCGAAAUAUUAUCGCCGCAACUUAAUACAAAGGAAUUGAAAAAUGUUUUCAUUGCUGUAAUUCCAUCGAAACCAGUCAUGUUCGAUAAAUUAGGCAAUAUCAUCGUUGAUGCCCUACUUAAGCGUGUCUCGUAUAUACCAUUCGACCAAAUAAUGUUUGUGGAUUUUAUAUUGAACAAGUACUACAAUGUAACGGAAUUGAGCAAAAAUUACAACAUCCUCCGACUGACACUGCAAACAAUGUUCCUGUCAAAAGUCGAGGAUGAGCUAGCCGAAAUGAAAGAAUUUGAAGAAAUUAUGAAAAUUGUGGCAUAUUGUGAAAACAAUUCGGAAAUUAUACCAUCAAAAAUUGUAAACAGUUUGACGACGUCAUUGCUUUUAGUCGACGAAGAUAAGUUCACUGUUAUGGAUCUAACAUCUGUGGUGAUAUUUCUAUCGAAUUUAGGCAAGUUGAAUGAACAUGUUGAGAAAUUGUUUCACAAAGUGAUCGGGCUGUGGUAUCAAUCGCCCGUAACUGCAAACGAAGUGCAGGUGCUAUUGAAAGUAUUAGCCGCCAAAAGUCACACAAUUGACAAAGAGAUUUUCAAAGAUUCGGAGUUCAUUCGUCACUGUAUUAAAAUCGUUACUCAACAGAAUGAAAAGAAGAUAUCGUUCAGCGUUCAAAAUAGCUUCAACCGAAUUGGUUUCGUAAGUGUGGAUCUAAUCGAGCAUUUAUCAAAGUUUUUCGAGAUAAAAGACGAUAUGCGAGAUUUGACCGUGGUGGAUUACAUAAUAAUUUGUACUGCAUGUGUCAAAGCCGACUACAAACCAGCGAAUUGGAAUAAAACGAUCAUUGAAGCAUUAAAAACAUUCAAAUUCAGUAUCUAUUUGACUAGUUUUGGCAAUUUUGAUUGGGCUCAAUUCGCUUUAUACCUAGAAAAACUCGGCUAUUGCGAUACUCGGCUGAUUCGAAAUAUUUUGAAUUCGAAACACCUUCAAAAGCAAAAAAGCUAUGACCCCGUCAAAUUGGAUAAACUAACAGAAAUUCUAGAACGUGAAGAUGUAUCAUCGAGUGAGUCCAGUAAUGAUUCAGAUGAUGAGAGCUCAAGUAGUGAUGACACUGAUGGCGAGCCACCACUUUAUGAUGAUUUAAAAGGCAUGUUUGGUAUCGAUAAAAUCUGGCCAAAUGUUCGCAUCGACAGUAAAUCGACGAUUCCAUAUCUCUUGAAAAUGGAUUUAAAGUCCGGAGAUUUUCUUCCAUUCACUCAAGCGCCAUCAGUGCGGCGUAAGGAGAAUAAUGAAUUGCUGAUCGGUGUAAUUGUCAUAGAAGACGAAAGUGGCAAAUGGGAAGACCGAAAUAAGAUGAGAUAUGCGAAAAAGCAAAGUCGCCAUCUGGAACGCAGGGGUAUAUCGUCAAUAAUCCUUGAAGAAAGCAAAUGGAGCACACUGAAAAACUAUGAAAAAUCUUUAGUAUUCUAUACAAAAAUCGUGAACUUGAUGGAGUUUUAUCGAAAGAAGAAACUGAAUCAGUUGGGAAAAGACUAUUGAAAAGAAAGGUAUUUUUAAUAAAAGAAAAGCAUAUUGAUUAGAAACGACAAUAAAA